AAUGUAUUGUCUCAAUAUUCUCUUCCUCAUGUUCUACAGAGGUGAAGGACGGUUACAGUGCCAAAUUACUAUAAGUUUAACCCCUUUUUAAAACCCAAAUUUUUACUGGGAGUGGAAUAUGAAGAACAUUCAGUUGCAGAAUUCGAAGGAGCAGCGGAUUUUUUUACUUAUCUCCUAAUCGUCAUUACAACUCACGAAAUCUGAUCCCAACCUAGAAUUUUCCAUUUUAUUGCUCAUUACACGGAAGAAAAAUCGAAGAACUUCAACUCACUUUGCAAAAGCAACCGUCAGCUCUGCUUUCGUCGUGAAGCCUCGCUGGAAGCCACCGUCUGCCACUUACAGGGGAUAAAAAAGUUUUUGAAAGAGAUCUGUACUUCCAGUGAUUUUUAGUAGCCAUGGACAAAUCAAGUGCGCUGGAUUACAUCAACCAGAUGUUUCCCACAGAGGCUUCAUUGUCUGGUGUUGAGCCGCUUAUGCAAAAGAUACAUAGUGAGAUUCGCCGUGUGGAUGCAGGAAUAUUAGCUGCUGUUCGCCAACAGAGUAACUCAGGAACCAAAGCUAAGGAAGAUCUUGCUGCUGCUACGCAUGCCGUGGAGGAACUCAUGUAUAAGAUCCGUGAAAUAAAAACUAAAGCUGAACAGAGUGAAACGAUGGUUCAAGAAAUAUGCCGUGACAUUAAGAAGUUGGACUUCGCAAAGAAGCAUAUUACAACUACAAUUACAGCUCUUCAUCGCCUUACGAUGUUAGUGUCUGCUGUUGAGCAGCUUCAGGUAAUGGCUUCAAAACGGCAAUAUAAGGAGGCAGCUGCACAGCUGGAGGCUGUAAACCAGUUAUGUAGUCAUUUUGAAGCGUACAGGGAUAUCCCAAAGAUCACAGAGCUUAGGGAGAAGUUUAAGAGUAUAAAACAAAUACUUAAGUCACAUGUGUUUUCUGAUUUCUCAAGCCUAGGUACUGGCAAAGAGACAGAAGAAGGUAAUUUACUGCAGCAGUUAUCUGAUGCUUGCUUGGUUGUUGAUGCCUUGGAGCCAUCUGUGAGGGAAGAGUUGGUAAAUAACUUUUGUCGCCGGGAGCUAACUUCAUAUGAACAGAUUUUUGAAGGGGCUGAAUUAGCUAAGUUAGAUAAAACUGAACGAAGAUAUGCAUGGAUCAAACGUCGUAUGAGGACAAAUGAGGAAAUAUGGAAGAUUUUUCCUCUGUCAUGGCAUGUUUCUUAUCGACUCUGUAUUCAGUUCUGUAAGAAGACAAGGAAACAGCUGGAAGACAUUCUAGAGAAUCUGAAAGAAAAACCAGAUGUUGGAACAUUAUUGUUGGCACUACAACGAACCCUAGAAUUUGAGGAUGAAUUAGCUGAGAAAUUUGGAGGAGGCAGUAUCAGCAGAGAGGUUGGUGCUGACAUUGAAGAAAUAGGUAGAGCAGAAGAUAACAGUCAAAAGGCAUCAGAUAUUCGAAAGAAGUAUGAAAAAAAGCUUGCUGUUCAUCAGGGAAGUGAAACUGAAGAAAAGGAUGGAAAUACAGAUUUGUCAGUGCCAGGGGCUGGGUUCAAUUUCCGAGGGAUUAUCUCUUCUUGCUUUGAACCGCACAUGAUUGUUUAUGUAGAACUAGAAGAAAAGACACUGAUGGAGAAUCUGGAGAAGCUUGUUCAGGACGAAACAUGGGAUAUUGAAGAAGCAAGUCAAAAUAAUGUUCUGAGCAGUAGCAUGCAAUUGUUUCUUAUAAUCAAGAGAAGCUUAAAGCGGUGCAGUGCUCUUACAAAAGGCAACACAUUAUUCAGUUUGUUCAAGGUAUUCCAAAAAAUACUCAAAGCAUAUGCGGCAAAGCUCUUUGCAAGACUUCCUAAGGGUGGUACAGGAAUUGUUGCAGCAGCCACUGGUAUGGAUGGACAGAUAAAGACUUCUGACAAGGAUGAAAGAUUGAUUUGCUAUAUUGUAAACUCGGCUGAGUAUUGCCAUAAAACGUCUGGAGAACUGGCUGAAAGUGUGUCCAAAAUAAUUGAUUCACAGUUGGCAGAUGGGGUUGAUAUGUCUGAAGUUCAGGAUGAAUUUUCAGCAGUUAUAACAAAAGCAUUAGUAACCUUAGUUCUAGGAUUGGAAACUAAGUUUGAUGCUGAGAUGGCUGCAAUGACACGCGUGCCAUGGGGUAGCCUUGAGAGUGUGGGUGACCAAUCCGAGUAUGUUAAUGGUAUAAAUAUGAUCCUUACCACUAGCAUUCCCGCACUUGGAAGCCUUCUGUCCCCCAUUUACUUUCAGUUCUUCUUGGAUAAGCUGGCCUCAUCUCUUGGUCCACGAUUCUAUGCCAAUAUUUUCAAAUGCAAGCACAUAUCAGAAACUGGAGCCCAACAGAUGCUAUUGGAUACACAAGCUGUAAAAACCAUUCUUCUAGACAUACCUAUGCUUGCUCGACGGUCAUCAAGUGCUGCUAACUAUUCAAAAUUUGUGAGCCGUGAAAUGAGUAAAGCUGAAGCACUUCUGAAGGUAAUACUAUCCCCAGUAGAUUCUGUAGCAGAUACAUAUCGUGCAUUGCUACCAGAGGGAACACCAAUGGAAUUUCAGCGUAUUUUAGAGCUUAAGGGUCUUAAAAAGGCUGAUCAGCAGACUAUACUGGAUGACUUCAACAAACAUGGACCAGCAAUUACACAACCUUCUAUUCCACCAUCAGUUGCUUCGGCUGUCCCAGCCGCUCCAGCAGCUUCUGUGAUUGCAAAUAAUGCUUCACUUGGCUUUAUUGCUUCGCGAGAAGACGUACUGACAAGAGCAGCUGCCCUUGGACGAGGGGCGGCCACAACAGGAUUCAAGCGGUUCCUUGCUUUAACUGAAGCUGCCAAAGACAGGAAGGAUGGACCUUUCAGGAAACUCUUUAACACAUGACAUUCUCAGUUGCAAUAUUUUUUGAAAAAAAUUGAAUCAGAUUUUUUUGUAGAUAAUAUAUAUGUAUUCUCUCAAUAGCUAAUAAUUUCCAUCUCUGUGUUUACCACCUGUCACAGACAACGCAGGCUUACUUGUAUAUCCCCUUGUAGUGCUUCUGAUUGAAACAAACAUGUUAAAGCUUGAAUUUCUGAAAAUUUUUAUGGGUGCUAAAGUGUUUUGUAUUUGUUUUUA